GUCAGACCCUCUGUCAAUGGCUCAAUGCAGUCACUCGCAAGCGCUCUACCUUGCUGCUCGGAAUUUGCGCUUUUCUUUUAAUUUGUACUUUCAGUUAUUAACAGAGGACAAAUUUUCAUUCCAUGAUGUCUCACAACGUCACUGUCAUGAGGAUGACCACUACCACGACGGGAGGGAAUACCAUUUUUUAUAAUUCCAACUAUCUUGGUACACUACCGGGAUUGCUGAAACUUGCACAACUGUUACUGGGAGCAGCGUGUGUCGGUGUAGUUGGUUACUAUUUGGACCCGGGAUAUGUGCGCUAUAAUGGACAAAAGCCUGAAUUGUUUUACCUUCUAGUUUCGGUGACGUUCCUAAUCGGCACGUUUUGUAUACUUCUGUCCUGUCUAAUGUCAUUAUCAACAGCCUCAAUCAUGUCUAAAACUUUAUAUGAAGUGAUAUAUCACGGCGUUGCGUUCAUUCUGUACCUUUCGGCGGGUCUCACUCUUAUGAUUGAAGUGAAUCAUCAAAAAAGCAGCUAUCGGCGAGAUUUCGAACCUUAUUUAGCGGCGGCGGUAAUGGGGCUGGUCAUGGCUGCUCUCUACUUGUUGAGCACAGUCUUGGCAAAUCGUACUUAUCGCGGUUUUUAAUUUUAAUACAUUACAAAGUACAGGCCAUACAGUUUCUAGCUCCUGAAUUUUACAAUUGUAUAAGAAUGUUGUAAUUUGUAAGUAUUUUUUACUGUUUACAAAUUAGCUUAAAAUGCAACUUGUAUGUCAUGCUUGCCUUUUAUGAAAUGAGAACGUGAUACUAUAUAUACUGAUAUUGUAUAAUGAUAAAAUAUUUAAUGAAUAUAUUUUAAACACAGUGCUAUUUUGAAAGGGCCUAAAAAGAUUACCUACCUAUAUCUAAAAUAUUUUCAUGAGUAAGUUGUUUUGAUGAAAACACGCACGUUUAUAAAAUAUUUUCUAUUUAUUAUAUAUUUAUAAAAGCAUAUAAAAGUAUGUAGUUUGUUUUGUAAAUAUUAAAUAAGUAGAACAUACUAAUAAUUUGUAAAUAUUUGCUUUUAGUUACAUAUUCUCAUUUUACUUAUGUUUUAUUUGAAUUCAAUUAAUUAUUUAAGUAACUAAAUGUUUUGUCAUUAAAUAUUUGCAAAUUAUUAGUUUUGACAAAUGUUACAAAUUAAUAUAAUUAUUUAUUUAAAGCCUCCAAAAAUAACACAGUAUUGUACCAACGAAAACCAGAAACUCAACAAAAGUUGCUAACAAAAGCUUUAGACCAUUCUCGUUUUAUAAUAAAACAUACCAUCAAUUGAAUAUAUUAAAUUUUAAUAGCUGUCUACCUGCCGAAUAAUAUUACUUUAACGUUUAGUUAUUAUUGUACGAUUUUCUAAUAAGAUUUAUGUACCUUAUUUACGUUAAUGUUCAGAAACCUUUACAUGCAUUUAUUUUUAUAUUCUGUUCCUUUUUUAUCCUAGUUAUGUUUACUUGGUUAAUUUUAUAUAAAAGUGUAAAUGAAUUUUAAUUACGUUACAGUUUUGAAAAAAUUAAGUUACAAACAAGUAUAAUCGGUUUUUAUUAGCAUUGAGUCGUUAGUAGUAGUUAUACCAUUCGUUAGUUAGCAACCGUUAUUAAGCAGUUACAUGCUACAUUAUUAAAUAUCUUUUUCCGUUAUAUCAAAUUCUGUUCUAUUUUCAGAUUAUUUACUUUUUUUAUUGAAUUAUGUAUAAAAAGUAAAAUGAAGAAAUAUUGACAAAAUUAUUCCGUAUAAUAUUAAUGAUGCUCUUUUUUAUACUACGAUAUACCUGCCUUAAUAUUAUUUUAUAAGUAGGUUAAGUUUUAUGAAGUUAUUUUCGUACGUGUCUUUAUGUCUUAGUAUAUAUAUGUCGCAGCCAGCCAUCACCGUUCGUUCAGCAAAUGUAAAUUUCUAGUUACAUUAUCGUAUAUUAUUAUAUUGAUUUUUAAACAUUAUGUAUAUAUUCAUUAUUAUUAACUAUUCAUAGAUACUAUUGUAUGAACGACCAGUACAUUCAUUAAACGUUGUUAAACAUUGUUCAUAAAACGUUGUAUUAGCGUUUAAUGUUGUUUAAUUUGUUGUAUUAAGGUGUCUACUUGUAGUAAAAGAUAAGCUCGAUGUGACAUAUAUGUAAUAAAGUUUAAUAAUUGUAACUUAUUAAAAUUAUAAUAAUUAUUUUUAUUUUAUAAAACGUUACUGAUAUGAGCGAUAACUAGUAAAUAAAAGUACCUCCAUAUUAUUUCGUUUUUUCCUGCCAAAGCUCGGCAUGGAAUAACAAUUUGUACUUCCUUUUGAUACUUAUAAUAUUUAUAUUUAUAUAACUUUUAAAAUAUAUAAAUUUACCUGACUA